CUCGCGCCCUCAGUGCCCGCGGCUCUACUUCCUGCAGCCAUAACUUCACUGUACAUAACACAGCAGGACAGCGUUCACACGAGCGGCUGCUUACACCUAAUGAACAUAAAGCCCAGGACUGGUCAUGACGCAGCAGGAGCAGCAGGAGUUCAUGGAGACCCUGGAGGCGGCCCUCUCCUGGAUGCGGGCCAUCCAGGAGAGGCUGAAGGCCAACGACAACACCCAGGGGCCUCGUGAUGCCCUGGAGGGCCGACUCAGGGAGACAGAGAAAAUCCAUCAGUCGGAGCAUGAAGGUCGUGUGAAGAUGGACAUGGCGCUGGUGGCAGCAGAGAACCUUUUGCAGAACGGAGAUGAAGAGCUAAGGAACCACACCCAUGCUAAGCUCAAGGACCUGAAGAGCCUGUGGGAGGAGACCUCCACCUACAUCAUCCACUGUCACAGUCGUAUAGAGUGGGUGUGGCUCCACUGGGGCGAGUACCUGAAGGCCUACGAGGAGUUUGAGCUGUGGCUGACGAGGCAGCAGCGCAGUCUGGAUGUCGGGGUGGAGCUGCAGCUGGGGGUGAAGGAGAAGCUUUGGCAGGUGGACCAGCAGAGGGUGGUGGUGAGCGACAUCCACGGUCAGGCGGCGCUGCUGGAGAGGCUGCUGGACGAGGCGUCCACUCUGCACAACAGAACCCAGGACCCCAGUGUGGAGCCCCAGGCCCAGGAGAGACUGCAGGAGGCCUACAACGACGUCAGAGACAGAGCUGAGGAGCGUCUGUCGCUGCUUCAGAAGAUGGCUGAGGAGCACCAGACAUAUCAAGGCUGCGUUCAGAGGUUCCAGUCCUGGCUGCUGUCAAAAACAAAGGAGCUCACUGAUCUGAUGGAAAGGGAGGAUACAGCCGAGAACAAGCUCAAAGACUUACAAGCUCUAGACGAUAGUGUGGCCGGCGAGGAGAAGACCCUGCAACACAUCGAGGGAGUGGUGGAGGCGGUGCGGGGCAACACCUCUCCCUCUGGGGCGGAGAUGGUAGUGGAGGAGGCCGAGGAGCUGAGGCUGGGCUGGCAGAGGCUGAGGCAGGGUCUGUUUGAGGCUGAGGAUGGCCUGCGCUCCAGCCUGGACUCCCACAGUCAGUACAUGGCCAGAUGCCAGCGGCUGGGAGAAGACAUCGGCCACCUCCAGGUGCUGCUGCAGGAGCUGAACCAGGAACUGGGGGAGAACCGUGAGUCCAGGGAACGCACUGACCGCACUGAGGAGCAGAUGGUGGGCCAGUGGAGGAAAUACACGGGUGUGAGGAACACUCUGGCAGGGGAGGAGUCCCAAGUGGAACUACUAAAGGCUCAGCUCAAAGAGCUCUUCAGGUUCUCAGAGGACUCGCGCCACCUUUCUGAUGAUGUCCUGGCUGUUGUCAAAGAACAUCAGAGUGUGAAAUGCAGAGCGACCAGGCUGUGUUCAGAGUCCGAGUCGGGGCUGAGAAACGUCCUCCAGGACCCACUGCUGGUCUACACACAGUGGAGCCUUAUGGUCUCUCAGGUUCUGGAGGCUUCUGCUGAGGUGACUGACUUCUCCCACAUCGCCAUGUUGGUCCAGAACAUAGAGCGUCUCCUGAAGGGCAGUGUCCAGCUGCAGGAGCGUCUGAGUCUGCUGCAGGUGAAGGGGGACCUGCUGCACUGUGUGUUCGGUCCUGAGAGGUCUGACGGUCUGCAGGACGAGCUGAGUGCUGCCAUCCGGAGCAGAGAGCUGCUGCACGCUCAGCUGCUGCAGAGGAAGAGCAGGCUGCAGGGUUUAAUCUCAAGAACCAAGGAUUUUGGCGACGCCUUUGAGGUGAUUCGCUCCAACCUGUCCGGUCUCCGGGACCAACUGGUGGCAGCUGACGGCCUCCAGCCCGACAUCCUGGCUAAGAAAAGCCAGUCGGACCAGUUCAGGGUGAUCCAGAAGGACCUGGAGGACUGUGAAGCCCACAUUACAGCGCUGGAGACUCUGGUGUCGUCCAGUCCGAGCAACAGGACUCAGUUUGAGAGGCUCUAUGCUGACUGGAAACAUCUGCACACAGCAGCCCGGCUGAAGGUGCCUGAGAGUGAGGAGAGCAUCGCCGACCAUGAGAGCUUCCACGACCGCCUGCUGAACAUAGAGAAGUGGCUGAUGAUCAUGAAACAGAAGCUGGAGUCCUUCCACAGCCCCGCAGGACAGUGGAGCGUAGAGGGCCGCCAGCAGGAAGCUGAGAGAAGAGCACUGGGAGAGUUUCCAGAGAAGGAGCUGCAGCUGCAGCAGAUGGAGGUCCAGGGUCAGGGGGUUUUGGAGAGGACUUCAGAGCAGGGACAGGUCCACAUUCUGCGAGACAUUAAGCGCCAACGAGAGUCCUGGUUGGCGCUGUACAAUAUGAGCCUCAAUCUUCACAGGCUGCUGAACACAGAGCAGACAGAGUCGCACUCAUGGCGUGUUGGAGGCCAAUCUGUAGACGGCACAUCCCUAACAGCUGAGCUCAGUGUGGGGGAAGCCUUGGCUGGCUCUGGGCCAGGAAGAGGAGGAAGCCUGGAGGUGGAGGCAGGAGAGUGGACUAAUGCGGGGCAGGGGGGUUGGAUCCAGGGCCAACAUGGUGAAGGUCACUUCAUUCUGGCCGGACAAGACAAUAAAAAACUCAGCGCAUCGAGGACAGGCAGAGACAGUGGACACUCAGGAGACAAAGUAGAUUCCUCUGCUUGGAGCGUUUACAGCAGAGCAGGCCAAAAAGCUUCCAAAGCCUCCGCCCCUGAUGGAAACCCCGACAGUGAUGAGUCAACAAGGGCCGGAGACAGAUGGGGAACAGCAUUAACCAUAAAGGAAGGCACAGCACAGUACACAUCCAGGAGAAGGGAGUUUGAGGCCUGGCUGUCCAAAGAGAACAAACUCCUCUCAGGGAUCUUCAGCACCAAGGGAGCAACACUCAGCGCCAAAGAACACAAGAUCCGACGGGACACACUCAAGACUCUGAGGGCAAGAGUGGCCUUUGGUCAAGAGCACUUCCAGCUGUUGCUGCAGGAGAGUCAGGGCAGUGAGGCCGGUUAUGGACCAGCAGAAGAUGUGGGUCUGGAGGAACUUCGCUACCGCUGGAUGCUCUACAAGUCCAAACUGAAGGAUGCGGGAGACGUCAGGGCCAGAGCCAAGAGAGUCAAAGCCAAACAAGAGGAGCCGGCCAGCGCAGCAAAGGUGCAAAAGAAGCCCGGCCUGUGGCAGCGGGUGUGUCGGCUGGCUCUUCCUCUCUGGCUCCUCCUGCUGGCUCUGCUGCUGCUGGCCUUCCUGCUGCCGCUCAUGGACGAAGGCAACAGCUGCUCCCUCUCCAACAACUUCGCCCGAUCCUUCAACAUCAUGCUCCGUUACGAAGGACCCCCCCCCACAUAGGAACACCUCCUUAGAUCAAGUAACAUCUUAUUUCACAGCCCUGUGCUCUGAUACCAGAGCACAAACGGCACCACACAAUCUAAAGGCUUUGCAACAAAUCUUACACUCAUUUCUCACAGCUUUGCUAACACCAGUGAAUCCUUCCAAACCCUCUGUACUAGCAUGGACCACAAUCUGUGAUGGAAACCAUCCCCUAGAGGAGCAUGCACAUCUUCUGAUGCUACACAUGCUGGACUAAAGCUCACCUCCUGCUCCUUUGCAGGUUAAACAUCUUCGUCUGUUAAGUCGGCUUUGAGCUAAUGGAGAUGAAAUUAUGUUCAUCUAAACUUGAAAUAGCUUUGCUUUAAUAAUCACCAAUAUAACUCUUCAUCAGGCCGUUGCUGCCAUCAUGACAAAAACAUAUGUCCUUAAAACGAGAAAUUGUUCAUGUUUGCAUAUUGUUCUCGUUUGGAGCUUUAAGCCUUUAUGGAUAGAACCGCCGUAGAGACAGGACACAACAUCAUAUCAUUUAAAUGUUGUAGUUACUACACAAAACCAACUAAUCUCAUUCAAAUAAUAAAUACACCAGCUUGUCUUAUUACACAAGAAACAUAAAAAUCAUAAUUUCCACGCAAAUAAAACUCUAGGAGACACAAAAAGAAAACCGUUUUACCCGCUGGCCUCUAUAAGAACUCAUGAGUUUAAAUGUUUGUAUAUACAAACAUGUGCCAGAAGACAAACCAAAGACUCUCUGAGGUAAAGCCAUCAGCUGUUCUAAUGAUGCGUUCAAUAACCAGUUUGCAAGGAACUACAAAGUGCAGCUUUAUAUUUUAAUAUGUUUAAUCUUUCUAAAGAUUCUCGUGUUCUAAGAUCAACUAGGACCUGUAAGUUCAUACUGAGAGCUACUUGGCUAAUGCUUCAGCUGUGACCUGAACAGAGAGAUCAUAUUUUCCCUUCAUGAAGUUGUCUUUGAUCACUGAACAUAUCAAACAGAUAAAGUGAAGCAGUGCUGCACACUAACAGAUGUUUCUCGAGCAGCAUCUCUUUGAGGGUUUCUUCUAUCUGUCUUACUUUAAAAGGGAAACAUGUUGCUGUGGUUUACUGUACAUAUUCUACAUUAUGAGAAAUAUGCUUUGUGUAUUAUUUGUUAGCUGCACAUGUAUCACACCCAUGCGGCAAACUCCAGGGCUGAGCAAUGAAGUCUGUGUGGAAGUACUGAAAACUGUAGUUCCUCCUGUGCUCACUUGAGGCAGGCUCCUAAAGAGAGCGAUCUACAUAAAGUAACCAAAACCAAACCCAGCUGUGGACAUGCAGGUGUGUGUGACUCACUCACUGACGGGUUAGUCUAAGCAGUACACAUGGAUAUAAUAAUAAUAAUAAUAAUAAUAAUCAUAAUCAUCUUUACUCAGUAUUUGUUUAGUAUUUGCAGAAUAUACUUUGAACCAAAAACGCUCCUUUUAGGUUGAUUCUGUAGAAUGUUGACAUUAUAACCUCAGUUGUUUUGUGUUCUUGCAUGUAAGAUUAAUAUUUGUAAUCUUUAUUUGUAUCCUGUGAGCACUGAUGAGCGCUCAUCUGCUCGUAGUGAUGCAGGAGCAGGUGUCAUACUUUAGGUCUAAUCGUGUGUCAGCACUUUGUUCUUACUUUUGACCUGUACAAGCAUCUCAUGUGAGCAGUUGGAGUGCUUUGGCUUGAACACUGAUCUGUCUUCAUUACACAGUGAAAAGCAUCAGAGAGCCGUGUGCUGUGCUUUGGCCCCGAACCUUGUGUUGGACCACAGUGUGCUCAAAACUAAAAUAACUUGCAAUCACUUUUUUAUCCUGCAUUCUCUCUUUUCAAACCACACAGCCCUAAAAUACACCUCCACACACACACACACACACACACACACACACACACACACACACACACACACACACACACACACACACACACACACACACAGUUACUUUCCCUUCUUUGGCUGGGUUUGUGUGUGUGUUAUUGAUUUAUCAUGUUGCCGUGGCAACAGUGACCAAAUCAAGUGAAUGUAUUCUUGGUGAGUUUUGCUUUUUGCACGACUGGUCGCACGGACCUGUGGAGUCGUGGCGAGGAAACGUUUGCUCUUUUAUACUGUGCGGGUUUGUCCUCGGGCUCCUCCCGCCACACAAAGUCCCGCGCAGGACUCCUCCCCCGCGGCUGAUGUUGGGACGUCACUCGCGAUCCUCACUGAUGCUUCGAGCAUGAAUCAGGCAUCUGUGCCUUUUUUUGCAGCAGCAGCUUCACAAAGUACUGCAUGUUUCUGAUCUAAUAUUAAAUUCCACUUGUGUUUGGGACAAAGAUGGAACAUUUCUACAUCAUAACUCCCAAUGAGAAACGAAAAGCUUUACCCUCCUGCUCACAGAGGGCUGAUUCUCGUUUGAUGCUGUGUUUACACGAUAUGGAAAGAUUUAGCUUUUAUUGGGCUGUUAUGUUACGAAAAAGCAGUUUGAGUUUCCAUACUAGAGCUGUCCCUUUUUCAGAAAUGAAAACUAACCUAUUAUUCAUUGAAAUUCAUUCAGACCGACACUGUCCAUGUCAUUCUAUUCCCACCAUGACUGUUAUGGCGAGUUCUGGCCGACACUGUUUAUGGUGGUUUCUGCACAAGGUGGAGACUUUGGCUCCAGAUGGCAUCUCACGGGUUUGGUUUCAGGAUUCUGAGUCAUCUUCACUACAUAAAACCAUCAUGUUUAUGGGAAACGUAUGGAGUUAAUAUCGCACACGCUUUCACUAACAUGACUUUCUUGGCCUUAAAGCUUUACCAAGUGAAGUACAGUUGAGCUGCACUCUGUGCCAUAACCACCUUUAUGUAUUCACUAUGUAACAUUGUACUGUAAACUGUUAUAUAAGCAAGUUAAACAGAAGGUUUAAUGCAUUGUAUAUGAAUCUAUAAUUAGGCUUCGUGGUACCUCUGCCUCUUUAUGCAUGUGUCGCUUGGCAGCCUCAGAUCCUACUUUGUGUCCAUGGAUACCUUAUGCAACAUAUGAAAUGACUUGAAUCUGAGCACAGCUGGUCCUUUACGUACAGCGUGUGUGACAAACAUACAGAAGAAUAGUUUGAAUACACUUUAUGCAAAAAUGUCCUAAAUGCCAGAGUCUUCUCAGAUAAAAGUCUUCGUUAUGAAAUUAUUAAUUAUCCAGGUAAUGAUUGACAUGUGAGCUUUUUUGUAAAAUUCUAUUCUAUUCUAUUUUAUUAAGGUUUUGAAACAGAAGAAAAGUGUGAUAUUAUUCAACAGAGCUUGUAUUUAACCAAUGUUUUUUAUUCUGAUGAAAUAAAAAGGCAAUUUGAAUAUU